UACCAGCACAUGCAACGACAACUAGCGCGAAAUGCAUGAUACUGUCUCGAUGCAUACUCAUACCUUAGCAAAAUUUUAAAUAUUUUACCAUUUUUGUCGUAGAUAUAUAGCACUUUGAAUUGCAAAAAUGAGUAGCAAAGCACAGAAGAAAGAAGACGUGAAAAAGAAUCUGAGAUCAUUGCUCCUAUCUGCACCAGCUGCACUGACUAUAGAUGAACUGAAACGUGACUACCAUGACUUUAUUAUGGAACCAAUUCCCUAUAGGGCUCUUGGGUAUGUUAAUCUGGAAGAUCUUCUUAAAGACAUGUCAGAUGCCCUGCACAUCACAUGGAAGAAGGGCGUCAUGUGUGUUGCUGGUAUUGCCGAUUCUAACACAGCUCAUAUUCAAAAACUUGUCUCCAAACAGAAGGUCACAAACAAAAACAAGUGGGCAACUCUCAGAAAGGGGGGUCCCCCACCACAAAGACACAGAAGCCAGCAGCCUCGGCCUCUUCCUACUGUCCCACCAUUCAUAAGGAAUUAUUUAUUGCAACUUUUUAAAGCAUAUCCAGAUGGCUUACCAUUCACACAUUUUGAUGCUGCAUUCUCAAAAAGGUUUAACAUUCAGAUAGACCCAAUAAGACUUGGGUUUUCUUCUCUGAAAGAGCUUCUGAAGACAGUUCCUGAUAUACUGGAAGUUAAAGAAUUGCAGAAUGGAGAAGUGCGAGUGUGUCCAGCUUACAGUAGCUCAUAUAAACAGUCACAUCAGUCCAAAGACCAUCCAUUUCACAAGCCCUAUCAACAAAAUUUACCACCGAGACUAGAAAGGCAGAGAUCUGGAGAAAAUAAAACCAAUACACAAGGCACAAAUAUCUCAUCAUUCUCCACAGGAGCAACAAACCACUGGGAAAAUACUCAACCAAAGGCACCAUCACAGUCUGCUGGAAGAGGGAAGAAGAAGAGUUGUAUAAACAGACAGAAUGAUGGGCCUGGAACAAGGCGCCGUAGAUACGAGAGUGAGGAAAGUUCUGGAACCUACUCCUCAUCUGGUAACAGCGUGGAUUUUGAAAGUACCAUCAGUCAUCAGCUGCAUUUUGAACUCCAACAGCUCCUUAGCUCUAAACCAGAGGGAUUGUGGGCAACAAAAUUACUAGCAGCGUACAAGGAAACUUUUAAGAAAGAGUUAAAACCAAUGGACCAUGGUUACACCAGUGUGAUAGAGUUAUGUUCAGCAUUGCCGCAAGUCAUCAGGAUGGAAAGACCUCAUUGCAAGGGAGACUGGAAAUUGUUUGACAAGAGAUUACCUUCUCCAAAGCCAGAUAAGACAGCUAGUGGAGGGGCCUUGGCCCGCCAGAGACACAGUAGUGAGUUGUGUGCAGACAGUACGCUCAAGGAGACAAUACGCCAGGUGUUACAGGCUCACCCCGAGGGAAUACGAUUACAGGAUCUUGCUCAAGUGUUUCAGGAAGAAACUGGCAAGUGUCUAGAAUGGGAGAAGUUAGGCUUUACAAGAGUGGAGGCUUUUGCAUUAUCCCUGGCAGACUCGGUGUUGAAGUUUGAAUAUAGAGGCAACAAUUCCAUUUACCUGUAUGCUAUUGGUGAUCAGUCUCCACCUAGGACAGACCUUCUAUUACCUAGAGGAGCUAGAAAUCAACCACCUGCUAUCCUAACCUCUGUUGAACCAGAAGUACAUGUGCCCUUGGACAGUAAUGUUCCGUCCGAUGCUAUUGGCCCUGGCUGUAGUUAUACCCAGAUAGACCUGCCUCCCUGUAACACAUGGAUAGAGAUCUACAUCUCCAAUGUCGCGUCGCCAGGACAGUUCUGGUUUCAGCUCCGAGGACCCAAGACCUCGCUAGCCUUAGAAAAGCUAAUGAACCAUUUAGAGGAAUCCUAUUCUGGAGAGGCAGGAAUGGCGUACCUGAUUCCCAGUGAGAUGGUGGCGGUGGGGCUGAUCGUGGCGGCAGUGUUCCCAGAGGAUGAUAACUGGCAUCGCUGUGUCAUAACCGGCAUGUGUCCAGGAAACUAUGUAGAGGUGUACUUUGUGGAUUAUGGGAAUACAUGUGAUGUUCAUCGCAAUAAUAUCCGCUUCCUAAGAUCAAAAUUUUUGAAACUGCCAGCACAAGGUAUCUCCGGUAGACUUUCAAACAUUCAACCGAUAGGAGAGGAGUGGAGUGUGGAGUCUCAGUCCUGCAUGCUGAGGCUGGUCAGUUGUCGACCUCUGGUAGCCAUAGCAACAUCAGAAAAGAAUCGUGUGAUGUCUCUCUGCUGUAGUGACACUUCUGGAAAAGAGGACAUUCAUAUUAACGACGUUCUGAUACAGCAGGGCCAUGCCUGCUUCGUCAUCGAUAAUCCUGACCUUGUGUAUUCUGAGGACCCUCAAGUGAUUGCUGAUUUUCCCUUCUCCUGUGAGUCUGAGACAGCAAGCACUUUCUCAGAUUCUACCUAUUUUGAAAAUUUGGCUGCACAGAGUUCCUUGGAGGCCCAGAGUAGACAUUAUGUUCUACAACUUCAGUUGACCUCUGAGGUGGUGGUACAUCUAAUUAACCUGGAUGGUGUGGCCUAUCUUCUGUCUUCUGAUGUCUCAUCCUUCUUCUGGGAAGAUGAUGUCUUAACCUCCAUGUUAUUCCAGAAGAGAGCACAUGUGAACAAGAUCAAAGUCAGUGUAGAGGAGUACCCUGCAUUGUUCUAUGAACUUUAUCAAUACGGAGUGAAAAGUGUUAAGCAGAAGGUGCUCACCCUAUAUGAACUCAAUGGUGUUCCUGGAAUACUCAAGUUGUUCAAGUGUGAGUCAGAAGAACUGGAGCAGAAUGUAUCUCAACUCAUUGAGAGCUUUGAUCCUGAUGAUCCAUACUGGAGGGGAGAAGACUUUGAAACAGAGGACAGUGAUGUAGAGCAGUUAAGUACUGAACAGAUAGAAGAGACACUGCAGAUCCUACAGUUCAAAAGGAAGAGAGUGCUACAGUCAAUGCUGAACAGUACUGAAAACACAGAAGAAAUAGUGAAUAAUCUGAAUGAUGUAGAAAUGAAGAUCAAAAGUUUUGAGAGUUUGCUGAAAAACAAGCAAGGUACUAUCAGUAGAGAAUCUGAGGCUUCUGUCAGGGGAGCUGAAAGUAGGGGAGUGGAUCCAAGACAAUUUGAGGAUGUUACAAAAGAGGAGAGAAAAUCUUUGCCAGCAUCACCACAGAAAAUUGUCUUUGGAACUGACACGUCUUUCAAACCGGUAGCCACAGUUGCAAGUAUGCCACAGCCAAAGCCCCAGGUAUCGGAAUCACCAGUAGCUACCGAGAAUCCGUCCAUUCCACAGUUAAAUACAACCAGUUUGCUACAACAAAUCAAUCAACAACAGCAGCAACUCAACAUGUUCCAGACCCUACUACUAAAUCAGUAUACCCAAUCUGGUGCAAAUUUCCCUGUGGGGGCAGACCCCUUGCAGCAGAUGCCUCCCACUUCUGUUGGGGCAGCUCAGGGGAACAUUUUAGGGCUAGGACGGGGCAUGCCAGCCUCGAAUAAUCCUUUGGGGAAUUUUUUGUUACCGGGACUUGUACCGCUACUGGAGAGUCUGAAUCUUAAAUCGGAUGGAACCUCAGCCCAGACACAUCCUGGAAUGGGCCGUGGAGCUCCUAACAUUCCCAAACAGAGUCCAAGUGGAGAAUAGAAAAAAGUGGCAAUUUCGCUGAAGGCAUUUAUCUUUUUUACCAUGUAUGUGUUCAAAGCUUGACUGCAGUCUCUAAACUGCUUUGUGAUUAUACCUGAACUUCUUUUAUAGUGCUUUUACUUGUGUUUUCAAUAUGAUGAACUGACAAAAUGUGUGGAGAGUUGUUGAAUUUUUAGUUUAGAUAUUUUAUCAUUUAAAUUGUGUUACCCAAAUUUUGGGUCCCAAAUGUAGAAAUUACAAUUUCCCUUGCCUUCCAAUGUAUUUUAUAAAUGUGUCUAGGCUUAUAACAAUUUUCAGAUUAUAGAUUAUCAUGUUAACAAUCCUGUUGAGUUAUUUCUUGUGUAUUCCCUUUUAUAAUCCAUCAGUGACUAGAACUUUAUGGUGCUUUAGUUUUUAAAACCCCAAAAAGGGAAAUGUUACAAAUUUAUUAAUAUUAUUACAUGUACAAUGUACAUUGUCCAGUGAAUGUACAAAGUCCAUUUAUUAUAAAUAAAAUUGUUACAAAGUUAA